UCAUUCCACUCAAACCCCUUCUUCUUCAUCUUUCUACAUAAUAAAACCACUUCUUCAUCUACUUCCUCUCUCUCUCUCUCCUCUCUCUAAAAAUUUUCCAAUUCUCCAAUAUUUUUAGAAGUAACCCUUUUUGUUGUUCUUCAAUUAUCUCUUUCUAUCAUUCUCUGUAAAUAUACCCCAAAAAAAAAAAAAAACAGAGCACCAUUAAUGGCUGCCAACAAGUUUGCAACGAUGGUUCAUAGAAACACCAAUAAGAUCACACUUAUUUUGGUGUAUGCAGUUCUUGAAUGGAUACUGAUUGUUCUUCUGUUAUUAAAUUCUCUGUUUUCUUAUCUGAUCAUAAAGUUUGCUGAUUACUUUGGUCUUAAAAAGCCUUGUCUUUGGUGUUCAAGGCUUGAUCAUGUUUUUGAGUCUCAUGGUAAUAAAAAUAAUAAAAAAAGCAAGAAUCUUUAUAGAGAUCUUGUAUGUAAAACUCAUGCUGAAGAGAUUUCUGAAUUGGGUUUUUGCUCAAAUCAUCAGAAACUCUCUGAGUCUAGAGAUAUGUGUGAGAAUUGUUUGUCUUCUUCUUCUUCAAAUGAUUGGUCAAAUAAUGGUAAAGUUUCUUUCUUUCCAUGGAUGAACCAAAUUGGUAUGAUCAAAGGUGGUGAUCUUGUUGUUGUUGGUGAUGAUAAUGAUGAUGAUGAAAAGGUUGUUGUUGUUGGUGAUGAGGAGGAGGAAAAGGAGGAGAGUUUGGAUUGUUCUUGUUGUGGUGUGAAAUUGAACAAGGACAAAUUCUACUCUCCUUGUAUUUUGAUUAAGCCUUCUUGGGAUGUUUUGGAUUUUGCCCACAAGAAAAUUUUGGUUGAUCAACCUGUCAUUGAUGCUCAUACUGAUGAUGAUCAUGAUGAUGGUGAUCAUAGUGGAUCCGAUUUCGUAACCGAAAAUCAUGAUGAUGAACAACAAGAACAACAAGAAGAAGAAGAACAAGAACAAGAUGAGGAAGAAGAAGAAGAAGAAGCCAUUGAAGAAGAAACUAUAAAGAAAGAUGUUAGUGUUCCACAUUUGGAAUUCUACAUUGGUCAAGAGGAUUGUACAUUGAUUCCAGUUGAAUUCAGUUCUAACAAGGUUGAAGAACAAGGAAAAUCUAGCAAUGAAAAAGAAGAAGAAGAUUUGAUAUUGGAUUUUGAUAUGUCUUCUGGUGUGGCAAAACAAGUUGAACAAGUUACUGAAACUUGGGUCAGUUCAGGUGAUACUUUAGAGUUACUUUCUUCAAAUGAAUGUAUUCAAUCAGAUGAGAGUAGGAGGAACUCAUUUGCCUUUCAUGGUGAGCAAGUAGAGUUAGAAAUAACAAGGGAGUUUCAGAAAGUUCUCAUUCAUCAAGCAACUCAAACCCUCUCUGAUGAUGAAGACUUUGAAAGUGGUCAUGGUCAAGCUAUGUCAAGAAGAGGAGAAAUUGACUUAGAUGUUAAUCAAGCUUCUGAGGAUGAGAUUGAUGAUGCUGAAGUAUCAAUAGGGACAGAUAUUCCUGAUCAUGAUGAACCAAUUGAUGAAAUUCAAUCCAAACAAGACCCUUCUUCAAGUUCUAUCAAUUUGCAUAGUGAUGACAAUAAUCAUGAUGAUUUUGAUGAAGCUGAGGAGGAAGUAGUUGAAUUCAAAACCUCAUCAGUUGAAACAAACAACAAUCAUUUAUUUUUCGGUUUAGAGCUUAAUGAUAAUGAUGAAGAGAAGUUUCAUAAGAAGUUGUUAUUACUUGAAAGAAGAGAAUCAGGAACAGAAGAGUCAUUAGAUGGAAGUGUUUUAAGUGACAUUGAAAGUGGUGGUGAUGGAAUACUCACAAUGGAGAAGCUAAAAUCAGUGCUGAAAUCCGAAAGAAAGGCCUUGAACGCGUUGUAUGCUGAGCUUGAAGAAGAGAGGAGUGCUUCUGCAGUUGCAGCAAGCCAAACAAUGGCGAUGAUUAACCGACUUCAGGAAGAGAAAGCAGCUAUGCAAAUGGAAGCUUUGCAGUACCAAAGAAUGAUGGAAGAACAAUCAGAAUAUGACCAAGAAGCUUUGCAGCUAUUGAAUGAUCUCAUGACAAAGAGAGAAAGGGAAAAUCAAGAGCUUGAAAGGGAACUUGAAAUGUAUCGAAAAAGGAUACAAGAUUAUGAGGCAAAGGAGAAAAUUAUGAUGAGAAGAAUGAGAGAAGAAAGCAUCAUAACAAGAAGUAGGAAUUCUUCUAUGUCUUGUAGUAAUGCUGAAGAUACUAGUGAUGAAUUGUCUGUUGAUUUGAAUCAUGAAGCUAAGGCCGAAGAAGAAGAUUGCGUCGGUGGAGAUAAUCAGAACACUCCUGCUGAUGCUGUUCUGUAUUUGGAUGAAUCAUUGAAUGGUUUUGAGGAAGAAAGGCUUUCCAUUCUUGAUCAGCUUAGAGUGUUGGAAGAGAAGUUGUUCACCUUGCAAACCGAUGAGGAGGAUCGGUGUUUUGAGGAUGUUAAACCGAUUGAAGUACUCUAUAAAGAAAAUGGAAAUGGCUAUCAUGACAAUGGACAUGUCAAGGAAAUGAAUGGAAAACAUCAUCAACAAGAGAGAAGAAUUAUGGGGUCAAAGGCUAAGAGACUUCUUCCAUUUUUUGAUGCAACUGAGGAAGAAAAUGAAGAUGGUGAGGAAAGUUUUGAUUUUGUUAUGAUGCAAAGUCCAGAAUUCGAAAGAGAGAACAAGAAGUUUGCUAUUGAAGAAGAAGUUGAUCAUGUUUAUGAAAGACUACAAGCAUUAGAAGCUGACAGAGAGUUUCUAAAGCAUUGCAUCAGUUCAUUGAGUAAAGGUGACAAAGGAUUACAUCUUCUUCAAGAGAUUUUGCAGCAUCUUCGCGAUUUGAGAAGCGUCGAAACUCGGGUCAAGAACAUGGGAGAUGUUUCUUUGUAAUGAACAACAACAACAAAAAAAAAAAAAAAUUUGAUAGAAUUGGCUGAAACUUUAGGAAACAAAUGCUGUAAUUUCAAUACAAGAAAAAGGUUCCAAUUUGGGAAUGUCCCUAUUUGGAGAGGGAGAGUUCCUUAGUUAAAAAAAAACAAAAAAAAUGUGGUUGAUGAUGAUCAUGAUUGGUGGACAACAAAUGUGUCUACCCUUUUCAAUUUUCUUCUCUUUUUUUAUGGUUUUGGUGCCCAAAUAUUUGUGGGUUGUGCCCAUAACCACCUUUUGAAGGGUAAAAAGGGUGAUUGAUGAGCUUGUGUCUUUGUAAGUCUAGUAGAGUAAGUUUAAUUAGAUAUAGUUAUAGAAUUAGGCAUUCUCUUCUUUUGUUCAAUUUUUAAUUUUUAUUUUGGCAAAGGGAAAGGGGUAAGUAACUCCUUUUUAUUUUAUUUUUUUGUUCUUCCUCAUUUUUGCAUCAUUUGAUCAAAUGGGGUUUGUUUAUUAUUUACUAGUAUUAUUAUUUUGAGGGGUAAAAGUUGAGUUACUUGUAUACUACAUGUAAUCCAUAUUUGUAAGUAUAUAAAAAAGUGAGGGUUUGUUUAUAUA